AUGUAUCGAGAAGGGAAAGUGGAACUUAUUUCGGCUGCCGACGCCAUCAUCAUUUUGGAGACAGUUCUGGUGGAUAAGCUGGCCACAGAUGCAGAUCUCAAGAAGAGAUAUAGGGUGACUGUGGAUGCUCGCCCGGUUAACAAUCUACAACUCACCGUCGCCGGUAACAAAUUCCAAUGGGUACCACGCUCAGUAUCAUCUGGUAUGCCGAAAGCUGACCUAGAAAGUCCGAACCAACAUCAACAAGGACCUAUCGAUAUUCUCAACAAUUGGCCGAGUUUUGCCACUACCUUCUACGGUCGCCUGGACCUGAGCGAUGCCUUCUACAGCAUCUCCAUUCCCGAGCGCGUUCGGUCUCUAUUCUGUUUCCGUACUACAUGCACUGUCAUGGACGACACUGGCAAUCUUAAUUCUCUUGGCGACUCCUUUCUCUGGCGACUGUGUAGACUUCCUCAGGGUUGGACCUACCCUCCUCUCAUUUUUACCCGUGCCUUAUCUCAUCUCCUAUACUUAUUCAGGGCACAGUGUAAAUUACGAGUCCACAUCGACCACUACCAAGACGACCUUUUACUUGGUGCCGCCGAUGAGAAGACUCUCAACCAAUGCAUUGAGGACCUCUCCGACUUCCUCGAAGGCUAUGGUUUCGUCGUGAACCGCCAGAAAUCAACCUAUGCUACUAAGUCAUUACGUUUUUGUGGAUAUGUGCUCGACGGUCCUACGUACAAACCAGAAGGUUCUCAACAAGAACUCGUCAAGGGGCUUGCGGAGUCAGCAUUACAUGAAUUCUUCCACUACAAGCGUAACAUUCCCCUUCGCCAACUCAAGUGGUUGAGAUCGUGGGCGGGGAAAUUCCAAUAUUAUCGUGGAUGGUUGGCUCCGGAAGGCGUAUCUAAUUUGAAGCUAUUUUUCGCUCGCAUCAAAGCUCUACAAGCGGAAGGCGCACGACCCAUCACUGACGACGAAUCGCUCUGCACGGCUUUCACGCGCCUUACUGAAAUGGUCUUCGGUGGACGACUACCCGCGCUACAUUUUGGUCUUGGCGGCUCCAGCACGACUGGGGUUCUACUUGUAGUUGAUGCCAAUGCUACUGGCUGGUGCGGUGUGUGUUUCCGUAUUGAAUCUACCCGCUAUGAUUCCUCGACUUAUUCGGAUACGGCUGAUGACCAAGGAGACCAAUUAUUCCACGAGGCUACUUCUGAGAUUGUGCUAGCUCUACGAGCCCUGCCUCACCCAGGUUUCUCCGACAACUGCUUUCGUCUCUUACCUCUCAAAAUUAUGGCUGGAUCCUGGUUCCCUACCAUCAUCGUAUCCGAUAACGCCAACUCUGGCCGACACUGGAGCAACAUCGAUUCCGACUUUGGUGGGAAAUGGAUGCGCCUUAUUGAACUCUACCAAAGAUCGGACUACCACAACUCGCUGACCAUUUUGCACGUUUACUAUGCGAAGGUCCUGCACUAG